UUCCUCGGUUCCUCCUCCAAUCCACCACCGCUAUCGCGACCUCGCGCCGAUGCGGUCGCGUCAUCGCCUGCUCGUUACUCGUUAGAAACGCCACUCGAGAAGAAGAUAAACUAUACUAGUCACUCUCCCCUCCCCUCCCCUCCCCCUCUCUCCUAUCCAUCGCCAUGGGCUUGUUCUCCACCUUCCUCUCUCGCCUCGCCUCCUCCUCCUCACCCCGCCCCUUCCUCCGCCGAGCUCUCCGCUCCCCUCUCCUCCUCCCCCGACUCCUCUCCGCCCUCCCCGAGCCCCCGAGCUCCGCCACGGAGGGCUUCGCCUUCUCAUGGUCGCGUGCGCUCCUUCCCCUCGCCGUCGCCGCCUCCGCCGGAGCCCUCGCCGUCGAUCUCCGCCCCGAUCCCUCCCUCUGCGACGCCGGCCUCGAUCAUGGCAUAGAUGGGAAAGGGAGCACCGAUCUAGUGGUUCGAGGUACUCGCAAGGAGAUUCCGGAGGAGUUCAUCGAAGAGUUGCGAGAGAUUUUGCAAAAUAACAUGACACUCGACUAUGAAGAGAGGUACUUCCAUGGCAAGCCACAGAAUAGCUUCCACAAAGCUGUGAAUGUUCCGGAUGUUGUCGUCUAUCCUAGAACACAAGAUGACGUGCAGAAGAUUGUGACAGCUUGCAACAAGUAUAAGGUUCCUAUUGUACCAUAUGGUGGAGCUACAUCAAUCGAAGGCCAUACUUUAGCUCCUCAGGGUGGUGUGUGCAUUGACAUGUCUUUGAUGACAAAAAUCAAAUCUUUGAAUGUUGAGGACAUGGAUGUAGUUGUUGAACCAGGGAUUGGAUGGAUUGAACUAAAUGAGUAUCUGAGGCCUUAUGGUCUUUUCUUCCCUUUGGAUCCAGGACCUGGAGCCACAAUUGGAGGAAUGUGUGCUACCCGUUGUUCUGGAUCUUUAGCUGUAAGGUAUGGAACAAUGCGGGACAAUGUCAUUAAUCUUCUGGUUGUUUUGGCAAAUGGUGAAGUUAUCAAGACCGGCUCCCGUGCUCGAAAAAGUGCUGCUGGAUAUGACUUAACAAGAUUGAUUAUUGGAAGCGAAGGGACCUUAGGGGUAAUUACUGAAGUGACUUUACGGCUGCAGAAGCUUCCUUCACAUUCAGUGGUUGCUAUGUGCAAUUUCCAAACAAUAAAGGAUGCUGCUGAUGUUGCCAUUGCUACAAUGCUUUCUGGUAUACAGGUAUCCAGAGUGGAGCUGUUGGAUGAGGUUCAAAUAAAGGCAAUUAAUUUGGCAAAUGGGAAAAAUAUACCUGAAGUUCCCACAUUGAUGUUCGAAUUUAUAGGCACAGAAGCAUAUGCACGAGAACAAACAUUGCUGGUUCAGAAUAUCGUUUCAGAACAUAAUGGCUCUGAUUUUGUUUUUGUGGAAGAUCCUGAUGCUAAAAAGGAGCUAUGGAAGAUACGGAAGGAGGCGCUUUGGGCAGGCUUUGCUAUGGCACCUGGGUAUGAGGCAAUGAUAACGGAUGUCUGUGUUCCUUUAUCAAGGCUUGCAGAAUGUAUUUCAAAAUCAAAGCAACAGCUUGAUGCUUCACCGUUAACAUGCAUGGUCAUUGCUCAUGCUGGUGAUGGAAACUUCCACACAAUUAUUCUAUUUGAUCCAAGCAAGGAAGAACAACAGCAAGAAGCUGAGAGACUCAACCAUUUCAUGGUCCACACAGCCUUGUCAAUGGAAGGAACUUGUACAGGAGAACAUGGAGUGGGUACUGGGAAAAUGAAGUACCUUGAAGAGGAGCUUGGGAUUGGCGCAUUGAGAACAAUGAAGAGAAUAAAGACCGCAUUGGAUCCCAAUAGUAUCAUGAAUCCGGGGAAGUUGAUACCUCCUCAUGUUUGUCUUUAAAUGGAAAACGCCCCUUCACACGACAUAUUGCCAAAUCCGACAAAAGAGACAAAGGUUAUGUACCAUUUCCAUCUAACUUAAUUGUACUGUGGUGCUGCUUCAGUUCAGGGGCAUUGCAGGUAUAGCUCUAUCAUUCUCAUUCUCAUUGAGAUCGUAGUCGUAUGCACUAAUGGUUUUCCAUCAUAUUCUUGUUGCAUGAGGCGUCAGUAGUGAAAGAAGCAAAGCUAAUGAAAGAAACAGUCAUAUUUUUUAUCAAUAACAGGCUCUAGUAAUAUGUUUUGCCUGAACAAAGAUAUGAAAAUUUGCUGUCCAUAUCAAUAACUGAUAUUUCUGUGGUUUUGCAAAAUGUUGAGUUCCCUCGGUU